AUGGCUCAACAUAUAUUAUCUGCCGUCGAAUCUGAAAUAACAUCGAAUGCAAGUAAAUUGAAAGGUGAUUCUACGGAACGUGAUAUUAGUAUAACUUUGGACGACCGAGAUCUGUGGUGUCGUUUUCAAUGUUUUACAAAUGAAAUGAUUGUUACAAAAAAUGGAAGGCGGAUGUUCCCUGUUGUGAAAGUAUCGGCCACAGGAUUAGAUCCAACAGCUAUGUACACAGUACUAUUAGAAUUUGAACAAAUUGAUCCACAUCGUUGGAAAUAUGUUAAUGGAGAAUGGAUUCCAGGUGGAAAAGCAGAAGUAGCACCACCAAAUCCUAUAUACAUUCAUCCAGAAUCACCAAAUUUUGGAGCACAUUGGAUGAAGGAAAGUAUAUCGUUUGCAAAAGUAAAAUUAACGAACAAAUGCAAUGGAAAUGGACAAAUUAUGUUAAAUUCAUUACAUAAAUAUGAACCACGUGUACAUAUAGUUAAAGUUGGUUCAGAAAAUCGUCGAGUGAUGACAUUUCCAUUUCCCGAAACACAAUUUAUUGCUGUUACUGCAUAUCAAAAUGAAGAAGUAACAAGUUUAAAAAUUAAAUACAACCCAUUUGCUAAAGCAUUUUUAGAUGCUAAAGAAAGGCCUGAUUCAAUUUAUAAUCAAAGUAGAAAUGCAGUUAAUGAGUAUGUUGGAGGUGUUCACACGGGCUAUUCUUCAACUGGUAUUCCAGUAACAAUUGGAACAACGGUUCAUAAUUCGUCACAGCAUCAUCAUCAAACCAGUCAAUACAGUCAAUAUAGUUCAUGGUUUUUACCACAUCAAUCAAUGUACUCAACUGUAACUAAUCCUGUCACAACAAUCAAUUCAUGUGAACGAUAUCCAUCCAGCAGUAAUUUACGAAGUAAUCGAGCGUCACCUUAUCCAUCUGUUAGUCAACGCCCUAAGUCAACGUCUGUCUCACCUCCACCAUCACAUGUUUAUAAUUCAUCGGAUCCUUUACAAGUACAACAAACACCCGCAGCAAGUACGUUAUACUCACCAAAUAGUGGAACAUAUACAAGUUAUCCAGGAAGUUGGUCUACGGGUAUUCAACCACAAGCACCUACUCCAAUUAUCAAUUCAACAUUAAAUUGUUGGCCGCAACAAACAACUUGUCAUCAAAAUCUAUCACCUACAUCACAAAGUAAUAAAUCUCCCCCUAAUUCACCAAGUCCAGCAAGUCAUCAAACUUUAUAUCAAACAAAUAAUCCUAUUUCAAAUUUUACUAAUCUAUCGUAUGCAACUAAUUAUUACGGGCAGGACUACUCCACUUAUGGUGGACAGUAUACGAGUCCGGUUGGAACAGAGUAUGUUUCAAUACUACCAACAGAAAUUUAUAUCGAAGAGGCAAAUAAUGCAAAUAUAUCAAGAUAUGCAACAAACAAUCCAAGUCCUGUUACAUACCAUGAAAGACAUACGCCUGAAAUUACUUACACGACUGAUAAUAGUGAUUCAUGUUCUAGAUCUAAUAACAAUAUAAAUCCUGAUAAAGUUUGUCCGGAAAUUUAUGAUGAACAUACAAAUAAGUCGAAUUCUCCUUCAUGA